CAUCGUUGUUACUUGUUUAGAGCUUCAUUACUCGCUACUGUCUCACCCAAAAAUGCCCAAGAAAAAAGAAGCGGACACCCCAACUGUAGACGAAAAAUUUGACGCUUUAGAUUUGACAACAAAAGAGCCUAAGACCGUCGUUCUAAUGCUCAACUCGUCGGAAAAUCUGGUGAUCGCCAAGGCGUGCGAAUCGUUGCACAAAUACGCCGAGAAAUCGGAAAGAAAUCGUUUGGAGUUGCUUAAUCUGUCUGCUGUUGAUCCGCUGUUGCAGCAUUUGCGGUCGACGGAUAAGGCGAUCCGCGCCCACGCAGCUCUGUGUAUCAGUUCUCUGUCAACUCAUUCUGAUGUACGCAAACUACUCAGGAAGCUGAAUUCGAUUCCAGUUUUGAUUUCUCUUCUAAAUGCAGAUGAAAGCAGCAUCAGUCAGGAGAAAGCAAGCCUAACCCUUUCAAACAUGGCGGGUGAUUUCACUAGCAAAAUUGCAAUUAUUGAAUCCAAUGGGGUGUCAUCUCUUAUUACACUUCUGAGCUCACCAGAUUGUGAUAUUCAAAGAAAUUGUGUGAAGACUCUGUCUUUGCUGAUGGAAGAUUAUCAAGGAAGAGCUGCAAUAAGAGAGUGUGAUGGUCUUUCUUCGUUGGUUUCUUUGUUGGACAGUGAGUAUCCGGUGGUACAAGAGUUGGCACUCCUCACACUCACUCACUGUUCACAGGAUGGUGAGAGUCGUGAGUGUUUACGAGACAUCGGAGCUCUUCAGAAGAUUGUGGAGUUCUUACAGAACAAGUCUUACGGCGAUCUCCAUGUCCACGCUCUCCAGAUGCUAUCCAACAGUCUUGAAGAUGUCACCAGCACUCAACUACUGCAAGGCUCAGGAGCUCUCACGUCUCUCCUUCAGUUUACUCAAGAGGCAACGUCUUCUGAUGUCCAACGACAUGCCGUCAGCUCACUUGGACGAGCGGCGAGGAAUCCAGAGAACAGAAGGAUUCUACAUGAACAAGACAUGGAGACGACGUUGACUGGAUUGUUGAAUAGCGAUAAUUGCACUGUUGCUGUGGCUGCUGCUGUUGCUAUUACUUCAAUGGCAGAGAGUCCUGUAUGUCGAGACACAAUAGCCAAAGAAGAAGGGAUCAGCGGUUUGGUGAAGCUUUUAGCACGUGAGGAAAGUGAAGCUAAAGAAGCAGCAUUACUUGCGUUGUCAGCUUGUACGGCAUCAGCAGCUGCUAAUUGCAGACUUGUCGUAGAUCACGGCGGUUUGGAACAUCUCAUAGAGUCUUUAUCACAUGAAAAGAUGUCAAUACAAGCCAACGCAGCAACGUGUAUUGCAAAUCUUGCAACGGAUGAAUCGUGUCGUGCAGAUAUUCAACAGGUUGACACAUCAGUAGCUUUGUUAUUGAAGAUGUUGGAGUCAAGUGACAACGUUGCUAAGAGUCGUGGAGCCACUGCUUUGGCAUCUCUUCUUCGUGAUGCUGCAUGUCGAUCAGAAUUGCACGCACGUGAUGGAGUCGGCAGCCUCGUGUCGCUUUUACACUCAACCAACGAGGAAGUGAGACACAGUGCAGGAUGGGCGUUGUCAUUGUGUGCUCAGGAUGCUGUCAUUGCUAAUGAGAUUUGCUCUCUUGGUGGUUUGGAUGUGCUUAAAGAGCUGUGCGAGUCAACGUCUCGUCGGUCACAGUUCACACAACUGGCAUUGGAUUGUCUCUUGGACAACUGCAUUUCGGCAAAAUAUUGGCUGACUGGACAACUGUCACCAACUGAUAUCAUACAAGAUGGAUUUUACGACGUGGGAUUGUGUCGUGCUGGUGCAAAGUUCUUAACUCUUGAAGAUCUCUGCAAGCAGGCUGUUGAUCAAAGUCGAGCAAUUCUCUUGAUAAACGCUGGCAGCGACAAGCCAACUGCUGCAGCAUCGAAUCUAGAGACUGACCAGUCAUCUGAUGUGAAACAUACGGAGACAGCUAAUCUACCUAAGGAAAGAAGCCAAUCGAGAACGAGAGGAGGAAGAGGUAAAAAAGCUGCUAAAAGUGAGAAAGACCUAGAACCUCAGGGUCGCAGUGACGAGCCCCUCCCCAGCCAACGAGUCGACGAAAUUCCAUCAUGGCAGCCCCCACUUGACCAACACUUCCGGUCUUACGUUGACCACAUCCGGCAGAGGCUCCUCCCUCUUGCCACAGUGCAGGAACAAGUUGAGUACCUAGCAACCUUCGUGAGCAAUCAAAUGGGUGGAGAGAUUGAGCAGUCAGCGGUCACAUCAUUCAGCUAUGAACAUUCAAUCGGCAAAAUCAAAUACGAACUGAAAUCGAAUGUUGUUCCAAUCGGACGAGUCUCGACGGGCAUUUUCUAUCAUCGAGCUUUGCUUUUCAAGGCAUUGGCUGAUCGUGUGGCGAUCAGUUGUUCUUUAGUGAGAGGAGGUUACAAUCGAGCUUGGAAUGUCGUUCUCGUGCCGAAGAGGCCACGAAAUGUGGAUGGACAGACUGUGCAGUUUCCAUCCCAAAAGUUUGUUGUUGAUUUAAUGUAUCGGCCUGGGUGUUUGAUGGCUGAGGAUUCGCAGGAGGCAAUUCGUUAUCAGCAUGUGUAGACGCAUUGCAGUCGAGUGUGUGGAUUUGGCGUGUAUCAGAGAUGAAAUGUGGAGUGUCACGUGUUUUAUCAACUGCACUGUUUGAGAUACUACUGCAUGAAGUUUACUGUGAAAAGUAAUAAUUAUGAAGAUUUAU